AUGAGUUUUCACGACGAUGAUCAUCAUGAUGAUGAUGAUAUUGAUGAUGAUGAGGAUGAUGAUGAUCAUGAUGAUGAUGAUGAUGAUGAUUCCGAUGAUGACGAUGAUGAUGAUGAUGAUAAUGAUGAUGACGAUGACGAUGAUGAUGAUAAUGAUGGCGAUAAUUAUGUUGAUGAUUCGGAUGAUGAUGACGAUUCGGAUGAUGAUGAUGAUGAUGAUGAUGAUGAUGAAGAUGAUGAUGAUGAUUCGGAAGAUUUGGAUGAUGAGGAUGAUGAUGAUUCGGAUGGUGAUGAUGAUGAUGAUGACGAUGAUGAUGAUGAAGAUGAUGAUGAUGAUGAUUCGGAUGAUGAUGGUGAUUCGGAUGAUGAUGAUGAAAAUGAUGAUGAUGAUUACGAUGAUGACGAUGAUGAUGAUGAUGAUGAUGAUGAUGAUGAUGGUGAUGAUGGUGAUGAUGAUGAUGAUGAUGGUGAUGAUGAUGUUGAUGAUGAUGAUGACGUUGACGACGGCGAUGAUGAUGCUGAUGAUGGUGAUUCGGAUUAUGAUGCUGAUGGCCAUGAUGAUGAUGAUGAUAAUGAUAAUGAUGAUGAGGAUGAUGAUGAGGAUGAGGCUGAUGAUGAUGAUGAUGAUUUGCAUGAUGCUGAUGACGAUGACGAUGAUUCGUAUGAUGAUGAUGAUGAUGAUGAUGAUGAUGAUGAUGAUGAUGAUCAUGACGAUGUUGAUGAUGAUGAUGAUUAUGAUGAUGAUUAUGAUUUGGAUGACGAUUUUGAUGGUGAUUCUGAUUGUGAUGAUGAUAAUGAUGGUGAUAAUUAUGUUGAUGAUUCGGAUGAUGAUGAUGAUUCGGAUGAUGAUGAUGAUGAUGAUGAUGAUGAUGAGGAUGAUGAUGAUUCGGAAGAUUUGAAUGAUGAGCAUGAUGAUGAUUCGGAUGGUGAUGAUGAUGAUGAUGACGAUGAUGAUGAUGGUGAUGAUGAUUUUGAUGAUGAUGAUGAUGUUGACGACGGAGAUGAUGAUGCUGAUGUAGGUGAGUCGGAUUAUGAUGAUGAUGGCGAUGAUGAUGAUGAUGACGAUGAUGAUGAUGAUGUUUCGGAUGAUGAUGGUGAUUCGGAUGAUGAUGAUGAAAAUGAUGAUGAUGACUACGACGAUGAUGAUGAUGAUGAUGAUGAUGAUGAUGAUGAUGAUGGUGAUGAUGAUGAUGAUGGUGAUUCGGAUUAUGAUGCUGAUGGCGAUGAUGAUGAUGAUGACGAUGAUGAUGAUGAUGAUGUUGAUGUUUCGGAUGAACCGGAUGACGGUAAUUACGAUGAUGUUGAUGAUGAUCAUGUUGAUGUUGUUGAUGAUGAUCACGAUGAUUCGGAUGACGAUGAUGUUUCGGACGAAUCCGAUGAUGAUCAUGAUGAUGAUGAUGAUGAUGAUGCAGAUGGUGAUGAUCCGGAUGAUGAGGAUGAAGAUGAUGAUGAUGAUGAUGGUGAUGAUAAAGAUGUUGAUGAUGAUGGUCAUUCGGAUGGUGAUGACAAUGAUGAUGAUGCUGAUGACGAUGAUGAUGAUUCGGAUAAUCAUGAUAAUGAUGAAGAUUCGGAUGAUGAUGAUGAUGAUGAUGAUGAAGAUGAUUCGGAUGAUUCGGAUGACGAUGAUGGUAAUUCUGAUGAUGAUCAUGAAGAUGAUGAUGUUGAUGAUGUUGAUGAUGAUGAUGGUGAUGAUGAUGAUGAUGAUGCUGAUGAUGAUGAUGAUGAUGAUGUUGAUGAUAAAGAUGUUGAUGAUGAUGGUGAUUCGGAUGGUUAUGACAAUGAUGAUCAUGAUGCUGAUGAUGACGAUGAUGAUUCGGAUAAUGAUGAUGAUGAAGAUUCGGAUGAUGGUGAUGAUGAUGAUGAAGAUGAUUCGGAUGAUGAUGAUGACGAUGAUGGUAAUUCUGAUGAUGAUCAUGAAGAUGAUGAUGUUGANNAUGAUGAUGAUGAUGAUGAUGAUGAUGAUGAUGAUGAUGAUGAUGAUGAUGAUGAUUAUGAUGAUGAUGAUGAUGAAGAUGAUUCGGAUGGUGAUGAUGAUGAUGAUGUUGAUGAUAAACAUGUUGAUGAUGAUGAUGAUUCGGAUGAUUCUCAUGAUCAAUCUGAUGAUGAUGAUGAUGAUGAUGAUGAUGAUGAUGAUGAUGAUGAUUGGGACGAUUCGGUUGAUGAUGAUGAGGAUUCGGAUGAUUCUCAUGAUCAUUCUGUUGAUGAUGAUGUUGACGAUGAUGCUGAUGAUGAUGAUGAUCAUGAUGAUGAUGAUGAUGAUAAUGAUGUUGACGAUGACCAUGAUUCGGAAGAUGAUGACGAUGACGACGGCGAUUCGGAUGGCGAUGAUGUUGAUGAUGAUUAUUCGGAUGAUGAUCUUGAAGAUGGUGAUGAUUGGAAUGAUUCGAAUGAUGAUGAAGAUGAUGAUGAUGAUGAUAAUGAUGUCAUUGAUUCGGAUGAUGAUGAUGAUGAUCCGGAUGAUGAUGAUGAUGAUGAUGAUGAUAAUUCGGAUGAUGUUAUUGAUGAUGAUGAUGACCAUGAUUAUGAUGAUGAUGCUGACGAUGAUGAUGAUUACGAAAUUGAUAUUAUUCGGAUCAUGAUGAUGAUUCUGAUGAUGAUGAUGAUGAUGAUGAUGAUGAUGAUGAUGAUGCUGAUUUUGUAUGAUGAUGACGACGAUGAUGAUGCUGACGAUGACCAUGAUUCGGAUGAUGAUGACGAUGACGACGUCGAUUCGGAUGGCGAUGAUGUUGAUGAUGGUGAUGAUGACGACGAUGAUUCGUUUGAAUAUGAUGGUUGUGAUUAUUCGGAUGAUGAUCUUCAAGAUGGUGAUGAUUGGAAUGAUUCGAAUGAUGAUGAAGAUGAUGAUGAUGAUGAUAAUGAAGUCAUUGAUUCGGAUGAUGAUGAUGAUGAUCCGGAUGAUGAUGAUGAUUAUGAUGAUGAUGAUAAAGAUGAUGAUGUUGAUAAUGAUGGUGAUUCGAAUGUUGAUGAAGAUGAUGAUGAUAAUGAUAAUGAUGAUGAUGUUGAUGAUUCGGAUGAUUACGAUGAUGAUGAUUAUGAUGAUGACGACUCGGAUGAUUCUGAUGAUGAUGUGGAUGAUGAUGACGAUGAUGAUGAUGAUGAUGACGAUGAUGAUUCGGAUGAUGAUGAUGAUGGUGAUGAUGAAGAUGAUGUGGAUGACGAUGAUUAUGAUGAUGAAGACGAUGAUGACCCGGUUGAUUUUGUUGAAGAUGAUUAUGAUGAUGAUCAUGAUGAUGCUGAUGAUGUUGAUGAUGUUGAUGAUUCGGUUGAUUCUGAUGAUGAUGAUAAUAAUGAUGAUGAUGAUGACGUUGAACAUGAUGAUCAUGAUCAUGAUGAUGAUGAUUAUGUUCAUGAUGAUCAUGUUUCUGAUGAUGAUGAUGAUGAUGAUGAUGAUGACGAUGAUGAUGAUGAUGAUGAUGAUGAUGAUGAC